GAAAGUCUGCGCGACGAGAUUGACCUCUUCGAGGUUCACCUCGCCAGGAUCGCGCCCCCGGGCACGGAGCAGGCGCCCGAGGAGGACGCCGAGGACGCGGGCGCCAAGCGGAGCAAGGGGAGCAAGAAGAGCAAGGCGAAGACGGACGCGCCGGUGGUGCGCGAUCGGCUGACGGACGCCGAACGUCUCGACGCGGUCACCGCGGAAUCCGAGCUGCUCGAACGCGUGCAACGGGAGGCGGAGGCGGCGAACGAACGCGGGCUCAUGGACCUCCGCGCGGCGUGCGACGAGGUCGACGCGUGCCUCCAGGAGCUCAAGAAGGCUGCGCACGACUUCAAGAGGGAGGUGGCGGUCGGCGCGGUGAACGAACGCACGGGGCUGGUCGACCCGACGCGAUGGCUGAGGCACUCGGAGCAGUACGUCCGAGCCAGGGAGUCGACGGCGGAGAAGCUGACGCUGACGAACAAGACGCUGCGAAACCAGAUCGCGCACGCCGAGGCGACGCUGCGGCAGAAGGAGGAGAUGAGCGAGGUGCUUCACGCGGUGGACUUCGAGAAGCUGAAGAUCGAGAACCAGCAGUACGCGGAGAGAAUCGAGGAGCGAAGCGCCGAGCUCGCCAAGCAAAAAGAUUCCCUCGCCGCAGCGUCGACGACGGUGACCAGACUGAAGCGGCAGCUCGACGAGGCCGGCGCUCGCAUGCGACAGCUCCAGGCGGACAUGGACCAGAAGAGGUACUACAUGGGGACGUUCGACGCCAACCUCGCGGUCGCGGAGAAGGAACACGCGGCGGCGUACAAAUUGAACAAGAACCUGCUCACAGCGUCCAACAGCACGGAGAACCCGGGGGUUAUGGAGUACGUGCACCUGAAGAACGAGGUGCAGCUGCUGGAGCUUAAGGCUGCGGACUGGGCGAGGAAGCUGGAGGUUGCGCAGAUG